CGCUGCGCGGGCGCGGGGCGGGCGCGCGGAGCGGAGCGCUCAGUGGUGGACGGGCAGGGCACGGGCGCGGAUCGAGAGUGGCGCGGUACGCAGCAGCGCAGCAGCGGUACGGCUCGCGGCGCGGACACGAGCGCACGGCGCACAGGACACGGCAACACGGUGGUGGUGGUGCGGGUGCGCGCGCGGGGUGACAGUGCUGUGCGACCUGGUGGUGAUGGUGAUGUCGACGACGUGCUGGUGCGAGUGAGAGAGCGCAACGCCGCGGCCGACAUGGAGCGAGUGACAGCCGGGCCGCGAUGACGUGAGGAUCUGCAAGAGGAGGAGGAGGAGGAGGAGGAUCAGAAGCACCACGGCGACGCCGACGGCCACCACCACGAGGACGCAUCGCGCCGACGACGGGCGACUAUGGUUCGCCAGCGGGCCGAGCCACGGGCCCACAUCGAGGGCCGCGGCGACCACGGAGCGUAGCCACGCCACCCAGCAUGGCCAUGGAUUCGCGGGAGUUGGACUCCCCCCUCGCCGACCUGGACGGCCUGCCAUGCGACGUACGCGACCUGCACGAUGACCUCCACAUCCAGGCGGUGGUCGGCUCGGACCGCGACUCGCCGGGCUCCCUCAAGCGCGCGGGCUGCGACCUGGGCGCCGACGGCGACCUGGGCACGGCCAAGAAGCGCCGCAAGCAGUCCAAGCCAGUGCGCAUCGACGCGGGCGAGGGCGCGGCCGCGCUCGGCGACGCCCUGGCCGAGGUGCUGGGCGACGUCGUCGACAACGGCGGCGACGCCCGCGUCUCGCCCAGCCUCGACCUGGAGGUGCAGGUGCACUGCCAGACCGAGGGCGAGGCCCGGGACGAGAUCCCGCUCAACCUGUGCAGCCUGCCCAAGACCGAGCCUUCCUCGCCAACCGGUCUGGAUGACUUUGGCACCUUCCCGACGCACCCCGGGCUCAAGUCGGUGUCGCCUGGCGGCGGCCUCGACGUGGACCUGGCUGUGCAGCACCAGCAGUCGGAGAGGAUGGCCAUGAACAACUUCUGGGGCAUGUCGCCACCUUUUCUCUACCCCAUGAUGGCGCCCCAGUCCGAGCAGGGCCUCUCUCAAGGGAUGCCCCAGGGCCUCCAACAAGGCCUUCCUCAAGGCCUACAACAAGGCCUACAACAGGGCCUACAACAGGGCCUACCUCCGGGCCUACCCCAGGGCCUUCAACAAGGUCUACCUCCGGGCCUGUCGCAGGGCCUAUCGCAGGGCUUGCCGCAGGGCCUGACGCAGUCAAACAACCAUCAAUCUCGGUGUUCUCCUGAUAACCGGACUGGCUCGUGUACAAUUUUCAAUCCUGAUGCCUACUGUGAGCUGUGCAACAAGGAGUUCUGCAACAAGUACUUCCUCAAGACCCACAAGGCCAACAAGCACGGCAUCUUCACUAACAGCCCGAGCCAGGUGCCCACCCAACAGCAGCAGCUGCAACAGCUGCAGCAGCAGCCGCAGCAACCGCCGCAGCCGCCGCAGCCGUCGCCGCAGCAGCAGCAAUCCUCCCCUAGUAGUAAUGACACAUACCAACACGGGCUUUUGCCCCCUAGAACGUUAUCUCCUAAUAGCGAUAGUCAUGUGAAACUUAGUUCCUCGCCCUUAAGGCUGCAAAAGGACUUAAUAAGCGCGAAGCACGGUAAGACCCUGUUUCAGAGAAAGAUUAAAGUGAAGUCGUUCGGUUCGAACGGCGAGGAUGUGUCUCUUCCGCCAGUAGUGAAGGUAGAGGACGAGUAUUACGAUACGGACAUGGAUAGGUUACUAAGUAGAAUGUCGCCGCUGCAGUCGGCCGACGGCCUGCGGGACGACACGCCUGCCAUCCUCAAGGCGGCCGUGCAGGAGGACGUGGGCGAGGGUGGCAGCGCGGGGGACUCGAACGAGUCGACGGGCAUCCUGAGGAAGGAGGCGGUGCCGCCGCAGGAGAUCCUGGACAAGCCCGUGUUCACGCCCGAGAAGAUGAGGAGCCUGGGCGUCAUCAACCCCGAGGCCUUCUGCGAGAUCUGCUGCAAAGAGUACUGCAACAAGUACUUUUUGCGGACGCACAAGUGGAAGCGACACGGCAUCGCGCCGCCCGAGGGCGAGCAGGACAAGCAGGAGACGCAGCGGCCGCCGGCGCCGUCCUGGCUGCAGCAGCUGCAGCAGCACGCGGCCCCGCUCAACCUCAUCAUGGAGGAGGCCACGAACCAGGGCGACGCCAUCUGCAAGUUCUGCGGCCAGUGGUUCCCCUCGGAGCAGGUGCUGCAGGUCCACGUGGCCUUCGUGCACAUGACGAAGAAGCAGGACAAGGAGGGCGGCGACCCGGCCGACAUGCGGAAGGAGCCGCUCGAGGACAAGCGCGGCGGCGAGCGUAGCAAGCAGAUGGCGCCCGAGCAGAUCGAGUCCAUCAUGGACGACAUGAAGAAGGUGCAGACGAUGCUUUUCCAGCUCAACACCCUCAACAACCAGCUGCCCGGCGUGGCCGGCGAACAACAGGGCAAGCGGAGCCCGGGCGCAGCGGACGAGGCGCGGUCCGGCGAGAGCCCCGUCAACGGCGGCCUGCCGUGUGCCAUCUGCAAGAAGACCCUCCCCGACAAGGCGGCGCUGCAGCAGCACGUCCAGGAGCAGCACUGGAGCGCGCCCAUCAAGGUCGAGAGGGAUGUGGACGUCACCCCCGUCCCUCCCGGGCGCGAGGCCGGCGCCGAGCAGCCGCAACAACAACAACAGCAGCUGCAGCAGCAGCCACAGCCACCGCCACCACCGCCGCCCCAGCCAGCCGAGCCCAAGCCGACGGCGCCUACCAGCAGCUACUGCGAGAUCUGCAACAAGGAGCUGUGCAAUAAGUACUUCAUGAAGACGCACAUGCAGCGCAUGCACGGCAUCGAGAUCGAGAACGGCUCGCAGAUCGGCGGCGUGGUGUGCGACAUCUGCAACAAGGAGCUGUGCAGCAAGUACUUCCUGCGCGUGCACAAGCAGAACACGCACGGCAUCGUGGACGAGACCAACGGCCCCCCGACGCAGGUGCGCGGCGAUGGCGGCGCCGGCGGCCUGUUCAGCGGCAGCCACUUCCUGGACGCGGGCAACCAGGCCCUCAAGCCCACGGACCUGUCUGAGAUGAGCCACCGCUACUUCACGCACUUCAACGAGGUGUGCAGCAUCUGCAACCGCCGCUUCCGCAGUGUCAAGUGGCUCAAGGCGCACCUGAUGAACGACCACGGCCGCUCCGAGUACGAGGCGGCCGCCGAGGCCAACGACCGGCUGCCCAAGCUGCAGCCCGGCCUGCACCCCAACGACCUGGGCGUGCAGCUGGGGCUGGGCCCCGGGCUGCUGCAGGGCCCGGGCGCCGCGGGGCCGAGGGAGCGCGGGCGCGGCGAGGGCAAGGCGAGGCACGGCCGUGCGCAGGACGGCGGCGCGCACGCGGCCAAGAACGGCAACCACUUCAUGUCGAACCUGAUGCAGGUGGCGGGCACGAGCAGCAAGGAGUACCGCUGCUCGUACUGCCCCUUCUCCACGCCCGUGCUCGCCUUCCUGUACGUGCACGAGAAGACGCACACGGGGCUGGCCUACAUGCCCGAGCAGAAGCGCGAGCUGCAGUGCCCCAUCUGCUACAAGACGUGCACCAAGCCCGAGCAGUUCCAGCGCCACCUGCUCUCGCACCAGUUCGCCGGGCUGCCCGGGCCCGGCGGGCUGCCCGGCGCGCUGUGGGACCCGAGGAACUCGGUGUACGCCGGCCACCACAAGGAGCCCAAGCGGGAGAAGCAGCUGCCGCCGCCUCAGCAGCCCGCCGCGCCCCGCGGAACCCCGGAGCGUGACGAGGACGGCGCCGACGUCGACGAGCGGGUGCGCUUCGCGGAGCCCGCGAGGCACCGGGAGGCGCCGGCGGAGGCCAAGAGGAGCGGCAAGUGUCCCAAGUGCGGCGGCGACCUGGCGCCAGGCGAGCGCUGCGCGGCGUGCGGGGGCGGGGGCAAGGAGCUGAGCUCGCUCCAGUCCCUCCUCAAAGAGACUGUCACGAGCGACGUGAAGAAGAGGCUGGAGGACGCGGCCAAAUUGAAUGACAUCCCCGCCACGUACGCCGUCCCCAAGACGCAGGACUCGGACGCAGACCCCUUCAUCAUGCAGCCUUUCAUUAUCGAGGAGCCGCGGGGCGAGGAGGGCAGCCUCGGCGUCGUGGGCGGGGCGCCCCCGGUCGACAAGAAGUUCGUCCCGUCCCUUGUGUUCCUGCCCGUCAAGGAGAGACUGUCGCGGCCCCUGACUGCCUCUUUCACCCUCACCCCUGCAUAGGCCUGGGGGUUGAUUACUGUUGAUCAGCUGUAGACUUAUGUAUUUUGUUUGUUUUUUUAUUUAGUUUACUUACAAAGGUGCCCCGGAAUGUGGGCAUUCCCUUAUGGAUAUUUUUUGUUUGUUUCGUGUUCUAGUCAAAGCUACCUAGUCAGUACGAGACUGGAAUCUUAGUAAAAGGAUUGAUCUCGAGUUUCGAAAACGAAACUUAGAGGGUUGGGCGUAUGCUGCCUUGAAACUGAACGUUCCUAUUUGCCUUUAUUGACUGUGCUCGUCUGAAGAUAGAGCAGCCAAAGGUUAUGUUCCUAUGCGUAAUAUUAUUCACGUGUACCAAUUAUUAUUUUUGUAGCUUAAGUUAUAAAAUUUAGUGUUUUUCCUGUUCACUGUUGCUCUUUGUGCGUGAACGAUGCCAGAUUCACUAUAUUAGAUAUUGUUUGCCAUCAGCUUAGCUGGGGUAAUUUAAACUAUUUGGAAAGUAUUGUUUUUACGCGGGCCUAUCCGUGAAAUGUGAUGUUUACAAAGUUCCUAUGGGCUCUCUCAGCAAGAGAGUCCACCAGUUGCAAACGUACCGUUCAUGCUCAAGACAUUCGUUGAUUUGUUGGGCACAAAAUAAAUGUAUAUUAUGUAAGAGAUGGUUUAAGUAAUUUAAACAAAUUUCAAGUCUACUCAGGGUUUACUAAAUGAAAGUCAGUAGGCUUUUGCAUGCAAAGUUAGGUAACUAAUCAGAUCUUUCUCACACAUGAGACACAUUUCCUGACGUGAUUUUUUAUGUGUUUGUUGCUGUUAGUUUUUGGAUGCCCGAUCUUGGGUUAUUUGCCAUUGUUCUGUAAUUCUUCCGAAUUACUUCAGUCAAUCAAAAGAAAGGUACCACUAGAUGUAAUUUAUUGUUGUUCAGAGUUGUUCCUGGGAAGGUGAGAGGCUUAAGCAGGGAUACCGAAAGUAAUGUAAGCACGUAUAUUGUAUACAAUAUUUCAUUUCCUAUGAUAAAGUUAAUUGUGGACGUCGAGGAGCAUAAUGUUACUUAUAUUUCAUAUUUCAAUGGGUAUUAUUAUAUAUUCAAAUAGCAUCUUUUUAUAUGUAAGACGUGUAUGGUUUUAGCAUGGACGUGUGAUUGUUUGCCUUGUAGAUUAGGUUUAUAUAUUAUGAGGUACGGCUGUUAGCCGUGAAGUUCCUAAUGUUGUUCAAAUUAUUUGCAAUGUAUGUUACGGCCCGGGUACGGUAUUUUUAUUUGUCUGUCUUUAGGUUCCGUAGUUAAAUUUAGCUUAAUAAUUUAGUUUGUUCAAUUUGUUCCACUUCUCAAAAUUCGAACGCUUCUUCAAGUAAGUAUCCGUUUAGUAGAGUAACUGGUUUCCAAAAUAUGUGUUGCGUCAUGGUUGCAUUUGUGCCCCCUAUUUUUUUCUAACCACUCCUAGAUAGUUAGUUUGCCACCAGGUGGCUGCGUCUGAUACGGGUAUAACGUCCGCUGUGCCGCCGGGGCGCGCUGGCGGGCUCUGAGGCCGGCGGCGCAAGACGUUUGGGACCCCCUCGAGUUUGCUUUUUGGUGGGCACGGUGAGAUUACAUCUGCUGACGUCACAGCCGUGACCACCCAAGAGCGGCACCCGGGCCCCAGAGCAUGGAGUGGUUGGAUCGUGUUCCUUAUAGAACGUAUCUGGUCAUUGUUUCUAGUCUUAUUAUUCCGCACUCGUGCAUAACAAUUUACUUAUUGUUGGGUUUGUGUGCACAACCCGGGCCACUCGUGUUACUACUGAGGAUGAGAUUUGGUUCCACGUCAAACCGUUUGAUUGCGACAAUCUAGUCAUGUUAAUCAGUCAUUUUUCGUCUGGUGCAGAACACAAGCUUCUACAAUUUAAAGUCAAAAAAUAUUCUAGUCUAUGAAAGCAUUUGACCUCUUGUGAGUCUCUAGUCGAUGUAAUGCACCGAAAAGUCAAUUUAAAUAAUAUGCUGGUCUUUAAGUGCUAGCCUCCUAGUUCUGGGUUUGACUUGGAACCGAAUAUGAUCUUUGCACUGUCCAGAGUUACAUUUAAUUGGAUGCCUGUUUUCGGCACAUACGAUAGGUUUGUGUGACCGAUGAUAAACGAAUGGACUUUAUUAUGUUAUUCUGAUCCAGCUAAUAUUGUGGUAUUUACAAUUACGUACCUUCUUCCAAAGCAGCUGCAACUUGCAUCCUCAUUGCUUUGAAUCUUGCGAACAUAUUUUUGUAUAAAACCAUUGCUACCUUUCAGUCAAAUCGCACGUUUUGCUAAAGAGAAUUUAGAUAAAUAAAAAUAGACUGUGCUUAGGAGCUAUUGUUAUCGGGGAUGCAAGGUUUGGAUCUUUGUACUGAAGCAAAAGUUCCGCUUUGCUGCGUUAGAUCAAUAACGAAAGAUAUAUCAAAUCUAUUAUUGUUCCUUGAUGAAAUUUUAAAUCUUAUUUGGCUCACUACCCCAUCGAUUGUUUUUUCUGUAAUUUUAUGCGGAAAGAUUAAGAAUUUAUAGCAGAUCAAAUAUCCCAUUCCGAGCCAACGUACACUGACUUGUAAUGACAACUAAACGAAGACAAAAAUUAAAGUUCCUAAAUCAAA